UUCAGUCGAUUUUAUUAUAAAAUGAUAAGGUACAAUUGUAAACAUUACGAAUUUUCCGUUUGUUCUUUGCGCUAUAUUUGAACAAUGUAUUGAAUUUAAAUUUAUAUUGUGCGAAUAGGUAUAUCAUAGAGUAUGCGUUAAUGUUUGAAAUAUACUCUGCGAUCUGCAUGACAUGACACUGUAUACAAGUAACCUUAUCGCCGGCUUGACAACCAAUCCAUUAUUACAAAUACAUAUUUUUGUGAUUUAGUUUGCUAUGGAAAAUAAUUAUGAGCAUAACAGAUGAUGAUAUAUUUAAUUUAUAAUAUGUUUUAAUAUUUGAAAGAGACCUCUAGCAGUAUGACUCGAUUACUUAUUUUAUCAAUUUUUAUAAUUUGUUAUCUACAUUAUUGUGUUGAAAGUAAUAUAAACGAUAUAGAUGCACUGAAAACAUUUGUGUGGGGCCCAGGAUUACAUCCUGAGGACAUUACAUUACGAGCGAGAUAUAUUUAUUUACAACUUGUAGAUAGCAAAGGAAUCAAUAUUACAGAACCAAUAGAAGACAAAAUUGUAUCAUUUGCUAUAAAUGGAAUUACUAAGGACAAAACUCCUUGUCGUAUUUGGCCACAAGUUUUAGAUUGCAAAGAUGCAAGUUUCAUUUUUCGAUAUCGAAUUUACAAUACCUGUUUCAAUCUCAGUAUCAUUAUUAAAGUGAAAAACCAAAUUGUACCAUUACAGAAGUCAUUUUUCAAAGGCCCAGUAUAUGAAGAAGAAUGUUACUGUCCAAAUACAUCAGUACAAUCUUGGUUAAAAAAUAAUUUUUGCAGCAAGAGUAAGAAAUUGGUUAAUGAAAAUCUUAUGAAUUUUCCUCGUGUGAAUUUUGAUGUUUUACGAGAUAAUUUAAUAUCAACAUUCAACAAACCAAAAAGUAUCAGUAUAUGCCAUUAUGUUGUCAAAUCUAACAAUGUUCAUAGAAAGUGUUUUGGAGAACAUGUCGGGUUUAAAACAUUUUAUGAUGCAAUUUUACUUUCUAUAACAAGAAAAACUGUAUUACCAGAUGUAGAAUUCUUUGCAAAUUUGGGAGAUUGGCCUCUGGUUGAAAAGAAUACAAAUAUAGAAAUGUUUCCAAUUUUCUCAUGGUGUGGGCAUGAAAAUUUUAAUGAUGUAGUUCUGCCUACCUAUGAGCUUACUGAAUCAUCUGUAGAAGGAAUGGGAAGAGUAAUGUUAGAUAUGUUGUCUGUACAAGGCAAUACAAAAUUGCCUUGGAGUGAAAAAAUUGAAAAGGUGUUUUGGAGAGGAAGAGAUUCCAACAUGCAACGUCUAAAUUUAAUUGAUAUAGCUAGAAAAAACCCUUCUCUCUUUAAUGUGUCAAUGACAAAUUUCUUUUUCUCAAAUGAAGAUCAAAUAAAAAAAUAUGGACCUAAACAAAAGCAUGUUAGCUUUUUCGAUUUUUUUGAGUAUAAAUAUCAACUAAAUAUUGAUGGAACGGUGGCAGCAUAUAGAUUUCCCUAUUUACUCGCAGGAGAUUCUCUAGUGUUUAAACAGAAUUCAAAAUAUUUCGAAUUUUUUUACCAAGAUUUUGAAGCAGAUAAACACUUUAUUACAGUCAACAGUGAUCUGUCGGACUUAAUCGAAAAAGUUAAGUGGGCAAUGAGACACGAUGAUGAGGCCCACAAAGUUACAAAAAUAGCUAGGCAAUAUGCAAGAGAUAAUUUAAUGCCUCAAAAUAUAUUUUGCUACCUCGUUGCUUUAAUAGAAGAGUGGAGCAAACGUAUUCAAAACCCUAUAAAUAUAUUUCCAGAAAUGGAACAUGUUACACAGCCAGAAUAUGAAUGUGAAUGUACAAUUAAUGAAGAACAACAAAGAGAUGAACUUUGAAAAUCACUUAAACAAAGUUGACAGACUUUACAAUAGUUUAAUUUUAAAUUAAAUGUACAUAUUU